CAGUCCCUGCGGCCACGGUGAAACGUGGAGAGAGGGUGAGUAGCGUUGUCUUGCACCGCAAGGAGCCGCGCCGCCGUCGCCGUCACGGCCACAGCGACUGGCGGUGCAGUGACCGACUUGCAGUGUCCAUAUAUAAUCCCAGCACAUCAGCCACCGCCACUGAUCGAGCUACGCAUCUCGAGCGCACAGGCCCGCCGCCGGAGCGAUGGCUGCGAGCUGGCGAUCCUUACCCUUCUUGCUCCACUGCGUGAACGCCGGGGCGCACCUCCUCCUCGCGCUCGCCGUCGCGGGGAGGCAGCUAUUCGCUCGCCGCGGGAAAGACACGGCUGCUGCCGGCAGCAGCAUCGGCGCCGUGGGUGGAUUCAGAGGCUACGGGGUGGCGGUGCGCACCACGUGGGCUCUGGCGGCGUUCGAGCUCCUCCUCGCCGCGUAUUCCUGCUACGCUGGUACGGGCGCAGGGUGGGCGCUCGACGCUGUGGCAGACCAGGCGGAUGCCGCUGCGCGCGCGGUGGCGUGGCUGCUUCUCGCGGCGUACCUGCAGUUCGAGUUCCGGCGCCACCGCCGCCGCGAGGAGCGGUUCCCCACGCCGCUCAGGUUCUGGUGGGCGCUCUUCCUGCUGCUCUCCGUCCUCACCGUCGCCGUACACGCCGCGACAAGCCUCGACGGGAUCCCCGUGCCCGCGCAUUCGUGGGCGCUCGACGCCGUCUCGGUCCUCGCGGCCGGGGUACUUCUCGUCGCCGGCUUGUUGGGCAAUAGGGAAGCAGACGGUUCUGCCACGGAGGAGCCUCUGCUGCUGGAUGACACAGCCGGCGAGAACAACGCCGCCUAUGCCUCCGCGUUCGCCGGCGCCGGCUUCCUCAGCGUCAUCACCUUCUCCUGGAUGUCUCCUCUGAUCUCCGUCGGCCACAAGAAGACCCUCGGCCUGGACGACGUCCCGGACCUUGACCCCGGCGACAGCGUCGCCGGCCUGCUCCCGUCGUUCCAGGCCAACCUCGAGUCGCUCGCUAGCGACGGCACCACGGGUCCGAAGGUGACGGCGUUCAAGCUCGCCAAGGUCCUGGUGCGCACCUUUCGGUGGCACGUCGCGGUGACCGCGCUCUACGCGCUGGUCUACAACGUGGCCACCUACGUCGGCCCCUACCUCAUCAACUCCCUCGUGCAGUACCUCAACGGCGGCGAGGAGAGGCUCGCAACGAAGGGGCAGCUCCUUGUGCUCGCCUUCGUCGCAGGCAAGGUGGUCGAGUGUUUGUCGCAACAGCACUCCUGCUUCCGGCUGCAACAAGUCGGGAUACGCGCGCGGUCCGCGCUCGUCGCCGUCGUGUACGAGAAAGGGCUGGCCCUCUCGUGCCGGUCCAGGCAGAUCCACUCGAGCGGCGAGAUGAUCAACAUCGUCGGCGUCGAUGCUGACCGCAUCGGCAACUCCUCAUGGUACAUCCACGACCUCUGGCUGGUACCGCUCCAAGUAGGCAUGGCGCUGUUCGUCCUCUACUCCAAUCUCGGGCUCGCCUCGCUCGCCGCGCUCGGCGCCACCGUGCUCGUCAUGCUCGUCAAUGUGCCUUCGGGGAAAGUUCAGGAGAAGCUCCAGCAGAAGCUCAUGGGGUGCAAGGACGUGAGGAUGAAGGCAACGUCUGAGAUCCUACGCAACAUGAAGAUUCUCAAACUGCAGGGGUGGGAGAUGAAGUUCUUGUCCAAGAUCAUCGCCCUCAGGAAGACGGAGACAGACUGGCUCAAGAAGUACCUUUAUACCUCGACCAUGGUCAACUUCGUGUUCUGGAGUGCCCCGACCUUCAUCGCAGUGGUUACCUUCGGAGCUUGCAUCCUAAUGGGGAUACCAUUGGAGUCUGGGAAGGUGCUGUCUGCAUUGGCAACAUUCCGGGUGCUGCAGGAACCGAUAUACAACCUUCCGGACAGGAUCUCCUCGAUGAUUCAGACCAAGGUGUCUCUUGACAGGAUAGCCUCCUUCCUAUGCCUCGAGGAGUUCCCAGCGGAUGCUGUGCAGAGACUGUCAAGUGGUAGCUCAGAUGUUGCAAUUGAGGUCAGCAAUGGGUGCUUCUCUUGGAAUGCCUCGCCUGAAAUGCCAACACUGAAGGACCUGAACUUUCAAGCUCGGCAAGGCAUGCACGUUGCGGUCUGUGGCACAGUCGGCUCCGGAAAAUCUAGCUUGCUCUCUUGCAUUCUUGGAGAGGUUCCAAAGCUGGCAGGAGUGGUCAAGACUUGCGGAACAAUAGCAUAUGUCAGCCAGUCAGCAUGGAUACAGAGCAGCAAGGUUCAGGAGAACAUACUGUUCGGCAAGCAGAUGGACUGUGAGAAGUAUGACAGAGUGCUUGAGUUGUGUUCCCUGAAGAAAGACUUGGAGAACUUUCCAUUGGGUGACCAGACGGUCAUAGGAGAGCGAGGCAUCAACCUCAGUGGUGGGCAGAAGCAAAGAGUUCAGAUAGCCCGAGCUCUGUAUCAGGAUCCUGACAUUUAUUUGUUUGAUGAUCCCUUCAGUGCAGUCGACGCUCAUACAGGAUCCCACAUAUUCAAGGAAUGCUUGCUCGGGGCUUUGGCUCUAAAAACAGUGGUGUAUGUCACUCAUCAGGUUGAGUUUUUACCUGCAGCAGACCUUAUUCUGGUAAUUAAAGAGGGGAGAAUAGCACAAGCGGGCACAUACAACGAAAUACUUGGUUCAGGGGAAGAGUUUAUGGAACUGGUUGUUGCUCACCAGGACGCUCUUGCAGCAAUCGACGGAAUCGAUGUUGCGAAUGGAGCCAGUGAGGCUUUCUCUUCUAGUGGCGUGACCAGCCAGUCCAGGUCACUGGCAUCAGCUGAGAAAAAGGUUAAACAAAAUGUCAAACAAGAUGGUGGCAAUCGUCAGAGCGGGCAGCUGGUGCACGAUGAAGAAAGGGAGAGAGGCAGGGUGGGGUUUUGGGUCUACCGGAAGUACCUCACCUUAGCUUAUGGAGGGGCUCUUGUACCAUUUGUGUUGCUCGCGCAGAUACUUUUUGAAGUACUUCACAUUGCUAGCAAUUACUGGAUGGCCUGGGCUGCUCCUGCGUCGAAGGACGCCAAGCCUCCAGUGAGCUUGUACAAACUGAUAUACGUCUAUGUAGCAUUGGCUCUUGGAAGCUCGCUGUGCACCCUCGUAAGAGCCCUGUUUCUUGUACCAGCUGCAUACAAGACAGCGACUUUGUUGUUUAACAAGAUGCAUAUAUCCAUAUUCAGAGCACCAAUGUCUUUCUUCGAUUCCACUCCAAGUGGGCGCAUCUUGAACAGGGCUUCGACUGAUCAAAGCCUAGUGGACACCAGCAUUGCUAACAAGAUGGGUUCUAUUGCAUUUUACGUCAUACAACUUUCUGGAAUCAUUGCUGUGAUGUCUCAGGUUGCAUGGCAGGUCUUUGUUGUUUUUGUGCCUAUAUUUGCUGUCUGCCUCUGGUAUCAGCACUACUACAUUGAUACGGCAAGAGAGUUGCAAAGGAUGGUCGGGACUUGUAAAGCUCCUAUCAUUCAACACUUUGUAGAAUCAAUAACUGGAUCAACAAUCAUCAGAAGUUUUGGCAAGGAAAUUCAGUUUGUGUCAACUAAUAGCCAUUUAAUGGAUGCCUACUCACGACCAAAAUUCUACAAUUCUGGAGCAAUGGAGUGGCUUUGCUUCCGCUUGGAUAUGCUGUCAUCCCUUACAUUUGCCAUCUCUUUGAUAUUUUUGAUCAAUCUGCCAACUGGUCUCAUUAAUCCAGGAAUUGCUGGCCUUGUAGUGACGUAUGGGCUUAAUCUGAACAUAAUGCAAGUAUGGCUUGUGUCAAGCAUGUGCAAUUUGGAGAACAAGAUCAUCUCAGUUGAGAGAAUUUUGCAAUACCUAAGCCUUCCUGAAGAGGCCCCUCUUUCAAUUUCUGGAGAUGAUUUGCCUCGUAACUGGCCAUCCGAGGGAGAAAUUCAGCUCCAUAACCUCCAUGUGAAAUAUGCUCCCCAACUACCAUUUGUUCUGAAGGGCCUUACAGUAACUUUUCCGGGAGGCAUGAAAACGGGUAUUGUUGGUAGAACAGGCAGUGGUAAAUCAACUCUCAUACAGUCCCUUUUCCGUAUCAUGGAUCCUACUGUGGGUCAGAUAAUAAUAGACGGUAUCGACAUUUGCACCAUUGGGUUGCAUGAUCUGAGAUCUAGAUUGAGCAUCAUUCCACAAGACCCGACGAUGUUCGAGGGGACCGUGAGAAACAACUUUGACCCUCUAGGAGAGUACACGGACAAUCAAAUCUGGGAGGCCUUGGAUCACUGUCAGCUAGGAGAUGAAGUCCGGAAGAAGGAGCUGAAACUUGACUCACCCGUGAUAGAGAAUGGAGAGAACUGGAGCGUGGGCCAGCGUCAGCUUGUCUGUCUUGGUAGGGUGAUUCUGAGACGGACCAAGAUACUGGUCCUGGACGAAGCCACUGCUUCGGUGGAUACCGCAACAGAUAACCUGAUCCAGAACACACUGCGGCAGCAGUUCUCAGGGUCUACUGUCAUCACCAUUGCGCAUCGGAUCACCUCGGUCCUCCACAGUGAUAUCGUCUUGCUUCUUGACAAUGGCUUGGCUGUGGAGAACGAAACGCCGGCCAAGCUGCUGGAGGACAAAUCGUCCAUGUUCUCGAAGCUUGUAUCAGAAUACACGAUGAGAUAGAUGAACACUUAACCACAAACGUGAACACUGAUUUUGUAAUGAAGGAUAUAUCAUGCAUACUUUACAAAUGUCAGGAGAUGACUUGAUGACAAAAGUAAACAUUUUUUCUUUAA